GAUUACUACAUCAUAGCAGGAGUCGUGUAUCAGGCUCCAGACCUGGGAACAGUUAUCAGCUCUAGAGUGCUUUCCGCUGUACAUGGAAUCCAGUCUGCUUUCGAUGAGGCCAUGUCAUAUUGUCGCUAUCACCCAUCCAAGGGAUACUGGUGGCACUUCAAGGACCAUGAGGAGAGAGAAAAAGCCAAACCAAAGACUAAGAAGAAAGAGGAGCCUAGCUCUCUGUUUCAGAGGCAUCGCGUUGACACACUCCUUUUGGACCUGAGGUCAAAAUUUCCACCAACUUUCUAUCAGCCUAAGCCUGGUGAGAAGCCCAUUCCAGUUGAGGUGAAAAAGGAACCUGAACCUCCCGCAGAAACAGUGAAGCAAGAGGAGAGGGAGCAGGCAACCAAGUCCUCUGCCCCGGCUCCACCUAACAAACCACCUCCUGAGAAAAGAGCAAGACUGCAGUGACAGCCAUAUUUGUCAGACACUGGGAAGGUUGCGCACAGCUCUGCAAAGUCCUACAUCACUCACUGGGAAAAUGACUUGAGACAUUUGUGUUACUUCCCCAACUCUCUGCUUAUUUGAUACAUUUUUAGAAUACUGAAAAUAAAAGGAGUCAGUUGUUUAUGUCAGUGUUGGGACUUCUUUUACGCUGCAGCAUUAGUCCUGUGCCCUUGAUAGGCUUCAAGCAGCUGUAGCACAAACAAGCAAUUUGAAGUGGGGGAGGAUUUUUUUUUUGAUGAUGAUAAGCUGACAUCAGCAUCGGUGUCAGCUUACUGUCAACAUCAUCUUAAUGUUUCUGUUGUAGUGACUUCAGAGGAUCAUUUAAUUCGCUGUCUGCUUUACAAACAAGAUGUGUCAUCUCAUCUGCCAAGCAAAUGGCCUCUAGACCCGAACAUGGCUUGUUCAUUUCAGACACUUUCAUCUCCUUCGGAAGAAAUGCCCUGCUUUUGUAUGUUUUUUAAUAUACAUUAAAUGGUAUUGAUUAUU